GCAUGAUCUGACAGAAAAACGUUCCAUCUGAAAAUUUUUGACCAGUGUUAUUGUAGAGUUGGUUAUUCCCCCAUUUUUCCUGCCUUCCAUCCUUCCUCCACCCCCUCGUUGGAGCCCGGGGAAUCUUCCAACCACUAGGAACCAAUCAUCAUCUUCUGGCUGGAUCUCCCUUCAGAACCCUGAUAUUCGAUGAUUCCCAUGGCUUGGGAACAUCUCCCUGACUGGCUCAUUGCGUCAUCUCCUCUAGGACUAUGCCAUAAACUACUGGAAGGACAACGAUGCCCCAGCUGAGAAGCUGAUGGUUGGAUUCGGGGCCUAUGCCCGCACCUUCACCCUCAACGACCCUUCCAACCAUGGCCUGGUUGCCCCAGCCUCCGGCCCAGGUGCCGCGGGAGCUUACACCCUGGCCUACUUUGAGGUCUGUACCUUCUUGAAGAGCGGAGCCACCGUCAUGUGGAAUGCCCUUCAGGAUGUCCCUUAUGCCUACAAAGGAAAUCAGUGGAUUGGCUAUGACAACCCUAAGAGCUUCGCCAUCAAGGUAAACCUGUUGUCUGUCAUCUCUUUGUGCUCCGGGUAAGGGCUUUCACCCCUGUAUCAGGCUACAAAACUACACUGCUCUCUGGAGGGUGGGACAGAGGCCACUAUUCCAUACUAAUCCUUGCCAGUUAACGUCUUACAGGAUCUCCACAUUGCUUCUUCCUCAGCCUAGAGGAUCCCACUAUCGAGCAAGAUAAGAGUGAAUUCCCCUCUGUUUCGUCACGCUUCUCAGGACUGGAUGUGAACUGAGACGCUUGAUAUUCCUUACAGGUUCCUAGACUCAAGCUGAAAAUGAUCAGGGUAUCAACACUAUAUAGUGUUAACACCUUGGGAUAAAGUGCACAAUUUACAUCCGAUCUGUAUUGCUCUAGUUUGCUGUGAACCUGACCCAAAGCCCACUGAAGUCAAUGGGAGUCUUGAAUAGACUUUGAAUCAGGUUCUAUGCCAGCUCUGUUGCUAUUUAAAGAUUUAGCUUGCAGCCCUUUAUCUACUCCCAUUGAUGUCCAGUCUUUAAUGUGAGCAAAGACUGCAGGCUGAGGCCCUGAAACCUUCAGAUAAGAUACAACUUCAACACAAGGGAAGGCAUGGUUUAGAGUAUCUUUACUGAUGCAUUUACAACUCUGCUUAAAAAUCUUCUCUCACAGGCAAAGUGGCUGCUGGAGAACAAUUUUGGAGGUGCCAUGGUUUGGGCUAUUGAUCUAGACGACUUUACUGGCACAUCCUGUGGAGAAGGCAAAUACCCUCUGAUGAACUCCUUGACAUCUGUCUUGGGUGUCACCACCCCCAGGAAGCAACACCCCAGUGCCUGAGGCAUGGAGUGAGAUGACCAGCAUUCGUCUGAACUCUUCUCCAGGCCUGCAUCUCCUCCUGUCUUACCUCCUGCAAUCUCCUCCUCUUCGGCCAUGCUGACACCCCUCUCAGGUCUAUUCAAAGAGCUGCUGUUGAGACCAUCUUCCUGGCAUGUCAUUCUGACCAUGCCAGCCCCACCCCACUCUGAAUCCCUCCUCUAUUUCUUCCUUCUCCACCACACCAAAUUCAAGCUUUUUGUCCUCCCCUUGAAGCCCCUUUUCGGCUUUGUUCCUCACCUUCUUAUCUGCUCUCACAUCCUAUUGUGUUGCUCCCUCUGCUCUGCCAGUGAAGCCAGCCUUCCGCA